AUGGUAAACUGUUGUUCUUUGAUCAUUACAGGAUUUGUCACAUUUGCUACAUUUAUUCUAGCGAUUGUUGCAUGUGCAGGUUCAACAAAAAAUUACAUCCCAUUAAACAAAAUUUAUGCAGCUCAAAUAAAUCUAGUUAAUUUAAAUGAGUCUUCGGUUUUUGCAUCAUCAACUAUUACUUCAGAGACAGAUUUAGACUUGCCAUCAUACAUAAACGUUGGCCUCUGGUCUUAUUGUAUAGCAGGAUCCAACGGAACUGUAGAAUCAUGUACUAGUCCAAGUGGAAUUCAAGAAUUUAAUUUACAAAAAAUGCUAUAUGAUAAUAUCGAUAAUAACGAAGCAUUAAGCCUAAUAGAUUCAAUUGCUGAUAUUGUAUUACCUUCCAAAAUCACCAAAAACAUUAAAUAUUACAACAAUUUGUGCAAAUGUAUGUUUAUUACUAUCAUCAUAGGUAUUGUUUUAUUAUUUAUUGGGUUUGUUUUAAAUAUUAUUAGAUUGAUUUUACAUUUUAGUUUUUUGAUAUGGUGUUGUAGAUUUUUGACAAUUAUUUCAUUUAUAAGUUUACUAAUUGGUGCUGGUACAAGUACAGCCACGUAUAUGUAUCUAAAAAGUGCUUUGAAAAAAGAGUAUACUGAUUAUGGCAUUUCUUUAUCGUUGGGUACUAAUUACUAUGCAUUAUUAUGGGCUAGUGUUGGUGGAUGUUUCCUGAAUUUAUUUCUUUGGUUUGGUAUGGUUAGGCAGAACAAGCCAUAUAAAGCAGCUAUUGUACAACCAGUUGCUAUGGAGGAAAGGCAAAUAUUAUAA